AUGUACUCCAUACCCUCGGUUAACUUUGCCUCAAUCCGCAAAGGGAUCCACAACACUCUUUUGCGGAUGCUGCUUCGGUCCACCGACAUUCAUUUUCGCACCGCACCACCUACUUGCCGAACCCUUCCUUUCACAAUGUUUUCAUCUCAACGGACAAUAUUUCGGAAUGGACCAGCUGCUGGUGCUACCCGGCGGAGGUCCAUUCCUGAAAACACAGCUGCCGAGUGGUCCAUGGCGAUGGUGGUGGUUGCAACAGUGGUACCAGAGAGGAGCGUCAUCACGUGA